AUGGCGUCGCUCAAUCAAGAUACAAAUCAGUUCAAGGUACUCAUAGCUGGUGGGAGUCUCGUGGGUCUUGGCCUAGCACUCGCUUUUGAGCGUGCCGGAAUUGAAUACGAGCUUUUUGAAAAGGGAGAAUUUGCAACGGAUCUGGGCGCCUCUAUAGGAAUCCACCCGCAUACCAUAAGAAUUCUAGAGCAGCUAGGAGUAUGGAAAGAUAUUGAGCAACAGGUUAUACCUCUGCAGGGUCGAAACCAUUAUGACGGAAAUGGCCAUUGCUUUGAAGAGUCGAAUGUGCUAGUCCAUAUCAAUGAAAUUCUUCAACGCCCCAUCAUCUUCAUGGAGCGAUGCAAAGCUUUGGAAGCACUACACAGCCACGUGCAAGACAAAUUGAAGCUGCAUGCUCGAACCGCUGUCGUUGGAUAUGAAGAAACCCAACAAGGGGUUAUUGUCACCACUGAAGAUGGCGAGCAUCACCAUGGCCACAUCCUGAUCGGCGCAGACGGGAUCCAUAGCAAAGUGAGGAAGCUGAUGGCCGACAAAAUCAGCGUGACGAAUCAGCCUCUCGCUAAUGAACUCAACGAGGCGUUUAAAAGCGAGUACAACUGCAUCUUUGCGGUAUCUCGGAACGACCCCGAGAAGCAGUUUUUACCUAAUGCGAUGGUUCACAACGUGUACUACGACAAGUACUCUGCGGUUGCAGCUGCUGGUGUGCAUGGGCUUGUGUUUUGGUUUCUUUUCGUCAAGGGUUCCAAAUUCACAAGAACCCCCAACUGCCCGCGGUUCACGGAUGAGGAUGAAGAGGCGACUGUCCAGAAGUAUGGAAACUCGCUAGUCGGCCCCGGAUAUACCGUGAAGGAUCUAUGGGAUGCUCGAGUCAAAGGUACAAUGGUACCAUUGGAAGAAGGUGUCAUCAAACGGUGGAGUCAUAACCGGGUAGUUUUGAUGGGUGACUCAGUUCAUAAGGCUACAAUCAACCCUGGAUUAGGUGGUAAUCUGGCCUAUGAGGGAAUCGCUCGUUUGACCAACGGUCUCGUGCCUUUACUGAAAGAGAGCCCGAUGCCAUCCCUUGAGCAGUUGACUGAGGUUUUCAAUCAGUAUAUUAGUGGUCAAAAACCUCGAGCAAAAACAGUUGUUGAUCUUUCCGGUCAGAUUACGCGCUAUGAAGCCCAAGAUACCUGGGUACUCAAAUUUGCAGCCCGUCACAUUGUUCCCUGGGUUAGUGACAGACUCAAGGCCAAACUUUAUGCCAGUUUCUCGAGAGGCGGCCCUUAUUUGGAAUAUCUCCCACUCCCUUCAAUGGAUGUGGAUCUGAGGAAGCCUGCUAAGAAGCCUAGUAGUCGUGGCAUUUUCCCAGGGUUGAUUACAGUCAUGAUCAUAGGCGGCACUGCUGCUAUCUUCUGGCACAUGCGUAACCAGAACCGCUUGUUGUUAACAUUAUCUGCAUUCAUAACACAGUGGAAGUAUUGUUAG